AGUUAACACUCUUGAGAAGCUCUCGAUUAAGCUUGAACUUGGAGGAUCAAUGGCCGACGUUCGCACACACUCGCACCAGCUUCAAGUGCACCCUCAACGCCAGCAUGAAGGAGGCAUCAAAGUCCUUUAUCCUCAGAGUGGCCCUUCUUCCACUCAGGUGCUAGCCGUGUUUGUCGGUGUACCGAUAGGAGGAACGCUGCUGACUAUAGCCGGUUUGACAUUAGCCGGUUCGGUUAUAGGACUAAUGCUAGCAUUCCCGUUGUUUCUCAUCUUUAGUCCGGUUAUUGUACCAGCAGCCUUUGUCAUCGGUCUAGCUAUGACUGGAUUCCUGGCUUCAGGGGCCAUAGGUCUCACCGGACUAUCAUCCAUGUCGUGGGUACUCAACUACAUCCGCCGGGCCGGGCAGCAUAUCCCGGAGGAGCUUGAGGAAGCGAAGCAUCGUUUGGCUGACAUGGCCGAGUAUGUGGGACAGAGGACUAAAGAUGCUGGACAAACCAUAGAAGACAAAGCUCAUGAUGUCCGAGAGGCCAAGACUUUUGAUGUCCGAGACCGAGACACCACCAAGGGUACUCAUAAUGUCCGAGACACCAAGACUACAUAAAGCGUGUGUUUUGAGUGAACCAUGUUGAAUAAAAAAAAUCGACUGUUAGUUCUUAAUGUUCAUGUGUUUUGAGUGUUUGUAUUUGCUUGUAAGCUUAUUUUGGGUUUAGUUUCCUCUUCUUUUUUUUUCCUGUAACAAUAAUGUCGGAGACAUUUUGCUUCUAUCAGUUCUUUGUUUUAUUGAUGCGUAAUAGAUUUGAAAUGUUAGCUGAUU